GCCUCCUCCAAAUUCGUUCUGAAUCAGCAUUCAAACCGCCCAGAAAACACCCAACAAAAAAGGUUCAGAGGAAGAUGAAUCCCAAGUGGAUUCUUCUGUUGAGCAUUUCGACGAUAUUAGCGAUUGUUGUGAGCGGCCAAUCGGCGGUGAAGCCGCUGGUGAAGAUAGUGAAGGGCAAGAAGCUAUGUGACAAAGGGUGGGAAUGCAAAGGAUGGUCUCCUUAUUGCUGUAACGAGACGAUUUCUGACUACUUUGAGACAUACCAGUUCGAGAACCUCUUCUCGAAGCGAAAUACGCCGGUGGCUCAUGCAGUUGGCUUCUGGGACUAUCGUUCUUUCAUCACUGCCGCAGCAUUGUACCAGCCUCUCGGAUUUGGUACCACCGGAGGAAAGAUCGGUGGACAGAAAGAGGUUGCAGCUUUUCUUGGUCAUGUUGGCAGCAAAACCUCUUGUGGAUAUGGGGUGGCCACUGGAGGACCCUUUGCCUGGGGAUUAUGCUACAACAAGGAGUUGAGUCCUGAUAAGUACUACUGCGACGACUACUACAAGCUAACCUUUCCCUGCGCUCCUGGUGUGGCAUACUAUGGCCGUGGUGCUCUGCCAAUCUAUUGGAACUACAACUAUGGGAAAACUGGGGAAGCCCUGAAGGUAGAUCUAUUGAACCAUCCAGAAUACAUAGAGCAAAACGCUACCCUGGCCUUCCAGGCUGCAAUAUGGAAAUGGAUGACCCCUCCUGACAAGCAUAUACCUUCAGCCCAUGAUGUCUUUGUUGGCAACUGGAAACCCACAAAGAAUGACACACUCUACAAGCGGGUUCCCGGCUUUGGCACCACCAUGAAUGUGCUGCAUGGAGAUCUUGUCUGUGGCGAGGGAUCUGAUAAUGAGUCUAUGAACAACAUCAUGUCUCACUAUCUUUAUUAUCUUGAUCUUAUGGGUAUUGGUCGGGAAGAGGCUGGACCUAACGAGGUUCUCAGCUGUGCUGAGCAAGCUGCGUUUAAGCCAUCUCCUACUUCAUCAUCAGCAACAAAUUGAGCUUUUACUUCAUAGCGGUUGGCCUGUCUAUUCUUGUAUCCUCUUUGAAUUGGUUGCAAAACUAAUAAGCAAGGGCAAGUAGAGAAUAUUUCAACUACUUUGGCUUUCACAUUGAAAGUAAAACUACUCCAAACACAGAUUAAUCUGUUGUGCCGCGAUAUAUAUCCUGGCUUGUAUUUUCUUUUUCCCCUGUAUAAUUUGAAUGUUUGAUGUAAGGUUUGUAUGAACAAUUUUGUUGAUAUGUAUGCAUAUUUGUGAAUUGUACUAAUCAAAAUGGUUUAAGGUUCCUUCCAUA